UCAGACUCUUCCAGAAAUACAUUUUUCAACAUGGAACUAAUUCGUGGCAAGACCUUUAUAAAAAGUUAUGCUCACCACCCACCAGAAAAGGUACCAACUGUUGUAUACAAAGGAAAAAAGAAUGUAGAGUUUGGAAAGAAUUUCAAUGACUGUGAUAUUCGUGGCAAGACCUUUAUAAAGAAUUACACUCAAAACCCUCCAGAAAAAGUACCAACAUUUGAAAACAAAGAAAAAAAGAAUGUACAACCUGAAAAGAGCCUUAAUGAAUGUGACAGCAAAAAGAAUGCUGCGCUGACACACAGAAUGUCUAAUGGAAUUUUUCCAAAGGAAGAUGAUAAUGUCCGCGGUCCAAGGUUUAUAAGAAAAAGUAAAACACAUGACUGUGUUAUAAGAAACGACAAGCCAGAGAAAAUGACUUCUCAAUCACCACAAGGUCAAAUAACAAAUAGUCUUAGUUCCCCAGGCCUUGUGGAUGCUCAAGGUGGAAAAAGAAAUGAAAUAGAGGCCACCAAACAAGCAUCAUGUAAACAAAACAUAAUAGACUAUAGAAACUUUGUGCCUCAGAUGCCUUUUGUACCGUCUGUUGCAAAAUCACUGCCAAGAAAAAGAAUUUCUCUUCGAAAGUCCAAGAAAAGUUUAAAGAACAUAUUUAAUUUAAGGAAGAAUAAGCAACAAGAUAUAAUAUCAGAAGAUGAGAGCCAACCAAUAGUGUUUAAGAUGAAACAAACUAAAACAGGUGAAAAACAACAUCAACUAUCUAUCGGUGAGAUGGCUUCGGAUGAGUUCCUUCUUUACAAUUGCUCAGACUGUGACAUGUACAUAGAUUCUGUGGAUUCAUUGAAGGCAUUGUGUGAAGAUGUUGCGUCUCUAAAAAGUUUUGACUCUCUUACUGGUUGUGGAGAAAUCUUUGCAGAUGAAAGUGCCUCUUUUAUUGAUAUUGAAAACAGCCGAGUAACAUUUAUAUCUAAGACAAGUUCUAUAGCUACAAGCUUUCAAGGAGGAGUAGAGCGCCUUGCCUCCCCUGCCAAAUCUGAGUCUAUUGACUUCUCUAGACUUUGUAGUCAGAAAAAUUCAUCUGCAAGAAGUCUAUAUACAAAUGUACUUCCUGAAACCAAGAUGUUGCCGGUUUGUCAAGACAUAAAUGAAGUAGAAACUAAUAGCAGCUUCUCAAGAGAUCAAGUCUCCAACUUAUCCUUCAGUGAUCUAACAUCUUCUAAUGAGAAUAUCCACGAUGCUGAAUCUCCAAUGUCCACCAGUGAUGAGGGGUAUUAUGACUCAUAUUCUCCAGGAUUGGAAGAAGACAAAAAUGUGGUUGGCAACGGUAGACCAUUUCCAAGGGACAGUUAUAGUGGAGAUGCCCUUUAUGAGUUAAUUUCUGAUACAUGUGAAAAGAAGCCCUGGCCUAGUCAGGACUGUGACUUGCCUGCAGCUGGUCAUAGUAAUGAUAAUCCUACCUCCAUAUACAGCUUUUGUGUGGGAUCUGAGGAAAAUAUGACUUCUCAACCAGUAUUAGGAUUUGAUGGAGAAGAUAGUAAUGAGACCACAUUGAAAGGAAGAGAAUGUUUAUUAAAACUGUGUGAAACUGAGCUGUCUUUAACUAUUGGAAUGGUUAAUUGGUUAAAAAAGACAGGACAAAUAACAGAAACUGAUCUUAGUGAUCAAAAUGUCACUUGUAAACCUAAGGAACCUAAGGACAUGAAGGAUGGGGCAAGCAACAAAGUUGAAGAAACUGUGGAGAUGUUUAAAGACAGCAAAGAAGAGAAAUAUUCCCAUUGGGAGUUUGUUAGAACAGAACAUACUGAGCAUGUCAAUAGCAUGAAGAUGGCAACAAAUAAAGACUCUGUAACCAGCACAUUGGCUGAAGUACCCAAAUCUACAACAGAUUCAGAUGAGAGGGACAGUGAAAAUAACUCUCCAUCCAUAACCCAGUUGGUCUUGUAUGACCUGUCACCAAAGCAAAAUAUUUUAAAUAACAUUAUUAAAUAUAAAAAACAAUUGGAAUAUUCCAAACCAUAUGCCAAUGCAUUAGCUCCAAUGGUUUUACUGAAAAAGUCUGAUGUCAGGGAUGGCUCUCUUUUUGUAAAUCAUCUAGAUUCCUUGCAGCCCGUGGAUUUUCAAUGUCUUAUAUACGCUAUUUAUAAAAAUAAUAGCUGGUUAGCAGACUUUCUGGAGAAGUGCACUGCCAACAUUCCACCACUGCAAGUAUUUUUUGGCAACGAGUGGGUAUUUCAUUGUACACGACCUUAUGAAAUUGGUCAAAAUAUCAAGAACAUGGUAGAAAAUCCUAGGCCUUUUCAACACAUUUUAGGUUGCACAACUGAUAACAGAGUAAAUAAGAAAAACCUGAUAACAUAUACCAAUGAAUCACAACAGACAAACUCCAUAUGUAGGAAAAGAAUAGACCAUGAUCAACAAUGCAUAAUAAAAACAUCAAGGCUGCUUCCAAAGGACACUCAAGACUCCAAGGAUAUGAGUAAACCUGGAUUCCUACCUCUUUUUAAAUCAACCUGUUCAUCAGUCAUCUCUCGUUGUUCAUCAGUAUUAUACAAAGUUCACAACUCUGAAGAUGCAAUAAUAUUUAUUAAUACAAGAAAGUACAACCCGUUACCUAAUAGUACUGAAGAGCUUACACAAGAUUCAACAGCGUCAUCGCUAGACUACUCUAAAUACACAGAGGAUGGUUUUCUGUCUAUCACUUCUACAUCAUUUACUAGGGAAAAUGGAUUAUUAAUAACCAAAAACAAGAAGUGGAGUAUUUGAAAACCCUCAAGCAGAGAAGCCAACCUCUGUGGGAUGUACAUAUUUCAUGAUUAUGCUGAGUGAUUCUGCGGUGCAAAAAAUAUUAUAAGUGUACCUGUCGUCAACAAAAUCUUUUUAAAUAAUGUAGAUAAUAUUAUUAAAUGUAUAUUUGUGAUAUACAUUGGUUAAAAAAAUGUGUAUAUUUCUUGGUGAAAAAAUACUGAGGGACAUUUAUCAAUGUUUGCUUAUGUAUUCUUUUUGUUUAGUAAUUUUUUCCUUACUUUUUUUUUUGCUUAUGUGUGACUUAUUUAUCAACUGCUUUCAGCCUGUUGAUAAUUUUCUUUCACGUAAGCAAUUUUUCCUUUUUUACUUUGGUAGUAUCUUUUUCUGCUCCAUGUUUGAGCUGGAGUAAAUGUAGUCAAUUUUUAACCCUGUUGUGACUUUCUUUUGCGCAGUUGCGACAAAAAUGUUGCACGAAAAAUUGCGUAGUCGCAGUUGCGACAAUUUUGCGACAAUUAUAGUAAAGAAAACCUGACUAAACCCGUUGAUAAAUGUCCAUAACUGUCCCUGCAGUUAUUGCCUGUGUGUCUCUAUGAGGAGACCAAAUACAGGAAGUAAG